GACAGUGAGAGACGACUGACAGACAGUGAGAGCCGACUGACAGACAGUGAGAGCCGACUGACAGACAGUGAGAGCCGACUGAGAGACAGUGAGAGACGACUGACAGACAGUGAGAGCCGACUGACACACAGUGAGAGCCGACUGACAGACAGUGAGAGACAACUGACAGCCAGUGAGAGACAGGUGGAGGAACUGAGCAAAAUGAACGAAGCACAAGCAGUGAAACUAAACUCCACGGAGACUCGUUCUAACAUCACUGAGAGCCACGUUGAAGUUCUGAAGAGAAACAGUCAAGACAGGAAGGUGGCUUCCUCAGCCUCACUAGCAGCACCUGGUCAAGGAGGAAACACUGGACCCUUCAACACUGGAACCACCCUGGUCUACAGAAAUAUCUACUCAAACAUUGGCAAUGCUUAUAACCCCACUACAGGGAUCUUCACAGCACCAGUGAGAGGACUCUACCUCUUCAGGUUUUACAUCUAUGGACACGGUGAUAAUUCAGUUCCUACAACUACAUUCUUGCAUAAGAAUGGACAUCAGAUAGCUAUUGCACAUGCUGAACAAGCUAGUGGUGGUAUUAACUCCUCUAAUGGAGUGUCACUGCUGCUGGAGGUAGGAGAUGUGGUCAACAUGCAUCUCUGGGUUGGGGGAAAGAUACUUGAUAAUGAAAAUCGCUACAGCACCUUCAGUGGUCACCUGCUCUUCACCAUGUGAGAAUCUUUUGCCUUACGCCCUCAGUCUUUCACAUGCCUUUUUGCAAACUCGAGUUGGGCCUUUUUCUCAGCAGUGGCUACCGUCUGGCCACUCUCCCUUAAAGCCCAGAAUGGUGAAAUGCUGUAGAGAUGGUUGCCCUUCUGGCAGGUUAUCCCAUCUCAACCAAGGAACUCUGUAGUUCUGUUAGAUGGGUCAUUGGCCUCUUGGUCACCUCCCAAACCAAUGUCCUUUUUCCGGUUGCUCAGUUUGGAUCCGACGGCCACCUGUAGGCAGAGUCUGGGUAGUUACAUAUUUUUUAUUUUCCAAUGAUGGAGACCCCUGUGAUCUUGGAAACUUACAACACUCUAGAAAUUGUUUUCUUCCCUUCCCCAGAAUUAUAAACUCUAAUCUACUGAGAUCUACAGACAGUUCCUUGGACUUUGUGAUAUAGUUUCUGCACUGUCAACUGUGGGACCUUAUAUAGACAGGUGUGUUUCUUUCUAAGUCAUGUCCAAACAAUUGAAUUGGCCACAGACGGACUCCAAUCAAGUUGUAAUGACGUCUCAAGGAUGAUCAAAGGAAAUUAGAUGCACCUGAGCUCAAUUUGGUGUAUCAUAGCAAAGGGGUGUGAAAACUUAUGUAAAUUACACAUUUAUGUGUUUAAUUUUCAAUAAAUUAGCAAAACUGUCAGAAAUGUUUUCACUUUGCCAUUAUGGGGAA